AUGGACAAAUCAGUGUCUCACAGGGAGGAGUCUACAGAUGCAGAGGAGGAAGAGGAGAACCAGUUUAUCACACAGAGUUCAGUGAUCCAAUUACCAUUCAUGAAUCUUUCUCCAACAGAAGCGGUCCUGAGAGUGUCUCCACGGUGGUUGAGUCCUGGAUCCUCAGUGACUCUGAGCUGUGAGGUUGAACAUGAGUCUGCAGGAUGGAGCUUCUACUGGUAUAAAGCUGUUCCUGAUCUAUCACACAAGUCUGGCUCUUACAGCUAUGAGCUGCUGCCUGCUAGCUCCAAUGGGACUGCAGACAACUCCUACAUCAUUCAUGGACAGACACACACAGCAGGAUAUGUGUGCAGAGCUGGAAGAGGAGAGCCACACGUCUACACUCUUUACAGUCAACCUCACUUUGUCUGGUCUGGAGAUCUUCAUCCAUCAGCGUCUCUCUCAGUGAGUCCUGACAGAGUCCAACACUUCACCUCUGACUCUGUCUCUCUGACCUGUGAGGGAAACUCUGCUGAGUGGAGAGUCGGCAGCUUUCUGCUUCCUGACUUGCUGUCAUUCUGUUCUGACUGGGGAACAAUGAAUGGAUCAACAUGUCAUGUUCAGAAGAUCCAGUCCAGUAAUGCAGUGUUCUGGUGUGAGUCUGGAUCAGCUUUCAGCAACGCAGUCAACAUCACUGGACACAAUGAUGAUCUGAUCCUGCUGAGUCCUGUCCAUCCUGUGACUGAGGGACAUUCUGUUACUCUUGGCUGCAAGUGGAGGACAGAAAAUCUUCUUUCUAAAGUGUUUUUCUAUCAGAAUGACACAUUAAUCCAAAGUGAGAGCAGAGUGGAGAUGAUCAUCCCUGCAGUGUCAAAGUCACAUGAAGGCUUCUACAAGUGUCAGUCCUUAGGAAAAGAAUCUCCACAGAGCUGGUUGGCAGUAACAUGUCAGUAGAUCUCUAUUUAUUAUUUUAAUGUUACAUAAAUCUCACUGUAAAUACUUUAGUUGAUAAUAUUUACACUUAUUGUAUCAAUUCAUGUUUUUUACAGCUACAUCCAGAGCUGACAGAUCCUCAUUUCCUGUGUUGGCUGUUGCUUUAACUUCUGUAAUUUUGGUCAUUUUUCUAUUCAUGAUCUGGUUUCUCUGCAAAAGAUCAAGAGGUGAGAAAUGUUACUUUUUUAUAAGAUAAUUUGAAUUUUUAUAAUAUACAUAUACAUGUUUCCAAAUGACUUAACAAUUUUUUUUUUUAUUAUUUUAUUGUCAUUCCAAGAUUCAGACAUCAUCAGGUUUGUGCAAAUUUUUUAUUAUGUAUCUAACAAAAGUGUGACAGAGGACUUUCUUUGAGAUGAUGUUUUCUAUUAUUAUUAUAGUACCUUUUAUGUUUUCCUGCAGAUCUCAGAACACCAAUGAGACUGAUAAUCAACACAACACAUAUGCUUCUCUGGUCCACGGUCAGCAUGAAUUCUGACU